GAUAUUUAGAAACAGCCUUUAAUUAAAUCACCUUUUCCGUUUUUUCUUUUUGAUUUGCUUUUUACUGAGCAGUCUCUGGAUAAAUUUGCACCCACAAUUCAAUUAGAAAUGAGACAUUCGAUUGCAAGACUCUUGCAGACCACGAAAUCACCAAGACUGGUUCUUUCUGUAAAUACCAGUUCUGUUGCAUCUGGUAUGCCUAAUGUUUUGGACAGGGCCAUAAAAGAGGGACCAAGACAUGACUGGACUAGAGACGAGAUCCGUGCGAUAUAUGACACCCCUCUUCAAAAAUUGAUGUUCAUGGCACAGCUCCAGCAUCACAAGUAUCACGACCCAAGUGAGGUACAAUUAUGCACUUUACUUAAUAUCAAAUCUGGUGGGUGUACAGAGGAUUGCAAAUACUGUUCCCAGUCCUCAAGAUACGACACCGGCACCAAAGCCGAGAAAAUGAUCAAGUUGGAAGAGGUCAAAACAGCUGCCAUUAAAGCUAAGGAAAACGGAUCCACCAGGUUUUGCAUGGGUGCUGCGUGGAGAGAUAUGCAUGGCAGGAAGUCUGGGUUGAAGAAGAUUACAGAGAUGGUAAAAUGGAUCAACGAUGAAUUAAAAAUGGAGACUUGCGUGACAUUAGGAAUGGUAACCGAGGAGCAAGCCAUUGUUCUCAAGGAGUCCGGGUUAACGGCUUACAACCAUAACAUUGACACAUCCAGAGAACAUUAUCCAAAAGUGAUUUCAACAAGAUCCUAUGACGACCGCUUGCAAACAAUUAAAAAUGUGCAGAGCGCAGGGUUGAAGGCAUGUACUGGAGGCAUCUUAGGGCUCGGUGAAACUGAUGAUGAUCACGUGGGUUUUCUUUAUACUUUGGCCACCAUGGACAAGCACCCUGAAUCUUUGCCAAUCAAUAAGUUAGUUCCCAUUAAGGGAACUCCUAUGGCUGAAGAAAUUGAGAAUAUCCCCAAGUCGCUGAGUAAGAGCUUGCGUUUCGAGGCUAUUCUCAAAACCAUUGCCGCGGCCCGCCUUAUUAUGCCUGAAUCUAUCAUCCGUCUAGCGGCUGGAAGAUACUCUAUGAGGCAACAUGAGCAAUUCCUUUGUUUUAUGGCAGGGUGCAAUGCUAUUUUCACCGGCGAACAAAUGCUUACCACCGCGUGCAAUGGCUGGGAGGAAGAUAUCGCCAUGCUUAAGAAAUGGGGCUUGAAACCCAUGAAGAGUUUCAAAAAGCAUGAACUCAGAGUCCAGUAAAUAUUAGCUACAUGUUUCCUCGCCCAAUACAUAUCAU